CUUAUUCUCUUUGAAAAGACGGCCUCAAAAUAUAGUGUCAGGGCAACUUGCGGAUCUCCAUCGAGUCUAAAAGGUUAUUGUUGGUGGAUUAGAUAAUUCAUUGGUCCAGCGUAAGGUCUAUAUCGGGCCUACAUCGGACUAAGAACACCGUCUAGAGUAUAUUAAACCGGCGAUCGAAUAAUAACCCUACAACCUAAGAUAUCUCGUCACAUGUUGGUGAUGUUUGGUGUUGGCGGUAAAAAAACGCCACGAUAACCCCUGGUCGGAUCAAAGUUCCCCGCAUAUCCAACCCCGCGAUUUGAUAGGUGCGAGACCGUCAUAAUAAGGUCCUCGGUAUCCAUUACAAACGAGAACGCCGCGUUUCAUCCAAUCUAUGCGGACGCUUCUCGGCGCCUCCCAAGCCCUGAGACGGCAGACAACAUCACGGUAUCUGAAGUUCUGUGGCCAACGCGGCUGAUUUUUCCAACUCAAGGCCAGCGGCUCUAUGUUUCGGCCUUAUACUAUAGGGCCUAUAGAUCAUCGGCGCAUUGUAGACUCUUUCGCAUGAUGAAGCACGUUAUGAGCCCGCAACCACGGCUCAUGUUUCGACAUGGCGAAGGUUAUAAAAUGGGGGGAACUCUCCCAUAUGGUAACCUGCCUUGAAGAUCCAGACAUUCCAGACUGUUUUAUCCAUCGCCACCUAAUUCGACUCGCGAACCUGAUCGCUAAAAUUGUCAAAAAUGAAGACGCUAUCUGCCUUGACAGCCCUCAGUUUGGCCACCUUCGUCCACGGACAUGGCUACCUGAUCACUCCUCAGAGCCGAACCAGUCUUGGAGUAAAGGCAAACCUGGACUCAUGUCCCGAAUGCACUAUCCUUGAGCCCGUUGCUGCCUGGCCUGAUCUCACCGCCGCAGCAGUAGGACGGAGCGGUCCCUGCGGUUACAAUGCUCGCGUCAGCAUAGACUAUAACCAGCCCACGGCCAACUGGGGCAACUCUCCCGUAGUAACCUACAAUGCGGGAGAUAUCGUUGAAGUGCAGUGGUGCGUUGACAACAACGGUGACCACGGUGGCAUGUUCAGCUACCGCAUCUGCGAAGACCAAGCCCUCGUCGACAAGCUCUUGACCCCCGGCUACCUUCCCACUAAUGCGGAAAAGCAGGCCGCAGAAGACUGCUUCCAGGCCGGCACGCUAGACUGCACCGACGUCAGUGGCCAGUCCUGUGGAUACAACCCCGACUGCUCGCCCGGCCAAUCAUGCUACCGCAAUGACUGGUUCACCUGCAACGGCUUCAGCGCCGGCGACCAGACCAAGUGCAAGGGUGUCGACAACGCGCCGCUGAACUCAUGCUAUACUUCCAUCGCCGGCGGUUACACCGUGACCAAGAGGGUCAAGAUCCCAAACAUCAACUCGGCCCACACGCUGCUGUCCCUGCGCUGGAACUCGUUCCAAACCGGCCAGGUCUACUUAACCUGCGCUGACAUUGCCAUCAAUGGAUCUGGAGGAAGCCAGUCAUCGAGCGUGCAGCCGACUGGCACGAGCACGGCAGCCACAUCGGUAGGCACCAGCACUACGAGCCCAACAAGCACAACCUGUGCCAUUGCUUCGAGCGUCGAUGUCACUUUCAACGAGGUUGUCACUACAAUUUAUGGCCAGACCAUCAAAGUCGUAGGAUCCAUUUCUGAGCUGGGGAGCUGGAGUACCAGCAGCGCCAUUGCCUUGUCAGCAUCGAAAUACACAAAUGCCAAUCCAUUAUGGUCCACGACGGUAACUCUGGCGGCCGGGACGACAUUCCAGUACAAAUUUAUCAACGUUCAGAGCUCUGGGGCUGUGAACUGGGAAUCUGACCCCAAUCGCUCAUUCACGGUUCCGAAGACUUGCGAGAAGAGUGUAACUGUUAGCAACACCUGGCGCUGAAACAUAGAAGGGGGGGUUGAGGUUGUUCACAUGUAAAUAGGGAUGUUCACGGGUGACUACAUUGGCUUAUAAAUAUUUUGUAUUUAGUGUUAGCGUUCUGAUGUGGAUAUUUUCUUGGCAUUGAUGC